AUGGCAGACCUGAAGUUGGGAAAUUAUCUGCGCUUACGCCUACUUCACAUCAAUGAGCUCCCUUCUCAUGCCGGUCUUGAGUCUUCAAUAGAAAAUCCUGAGGCAGAUCAGGGGCCUAUCGAUCGACCUAGCCUGCACGUUUUCAUUACCAGUAUCUUGGAAGAAGCCUACCAUUUUACUAAAGCCAAUGUCAGCCAAUUCACCAGUCACGGUUCCAAAAAGUCACCUCCUUCUACGAGCCCAGUGGAACUUUUGACCCAAUCAUACAGCCGGGAAUUGGAGCAUGUCUCGUGGCAGGAUCCAAAAUUACCUCGUAAAUGGUCUGGUCAUGGUCCUGCAAAUGCAGAACAUUGGUUUGCUCGGAGAAGUCAUCAUACGAACAGUAGCGAAGAAGGUACCGCAACUCUUUCGGAGUUUGAUUAUGGCACCCGACGAGAUCAUCCCGAGCGAGAGAAGGACUAUACACCAGAUUUGUAUGACUGCGCCGAAAUUUUGAAUUACAACGACCAGAUCCACGAAGAAUUUGGAUUCGAAGGGAAGUUGUCUAGCACAAGUGGCGAAUUCACGGACGUACAGAUGAGCGUGCAAGAAAUGUGCCACCAAUUGCCGUUUGGACUCUAUAAUCGUUGUUUCUCUGUUCUUGUCAUAACGGCGAAAGGGCCCCUUCAGGAUGAACUGCUCGUGGUACAGUUACCUGUCGACAUAAGUAGUUUUACUGCUGCUUUCUACAGUAACAAGCGUAAUCUCAAGGAGGGGAAGGAUAAACUGCAGAAGAAACAGGUCAUUUUGGGCAUGUACGUAAGCGUAGAGCGCGUGCGGAUACUUUCAGAUUCGAAUAUCGAAUGGCUCAUGGCCACAGCUAGUGAUGCCAAAGGAUGGCUGCCAAUGUGGAUGCAGAGACUCGGCGUGCCUGGAGCCGUUGUGAAAGAUGUUGGCUUGCUAAUGGAGUGGAUAAAAAAGCCACGUCAGCAGGGACUGAUCAAAGACUAA